AUGGCUUGCCACGGUGAGGAUGACAAUAGCAAGCAUAAUGCGGAAAACAUUCUCAUCACGCAAACCGUUCAUUAUGGAAAAAUAUCUCUUCCGAUCAACCUAUGCUUCUACAGUCCCUUCUGGAACAACCCCCCGCGUGAGAUAACAAUCAAAUUUCGAACACCGACAUCAGCCGAGAUAUCUGGGGAAUCUCUUCAGUCUCUCUUGAACUUUCGAUGGGGUUAUAUCGUUAACUGUGGCGAUGUGGACAUCCAAGAAGGUAAUGGGAGACCAAAAGGGCGACCGGUACCAGAAGACACUCCUCUUGCGCCACUGAGACCUCCUUUCAAGCAUAAUACCCAUAGUAUGCUCUUUACAACAAAAAUCAACUAUGGGCAAUUCUCUAUUUCCAUCAACACAUGCUUCUAUGAUUCCUUCUGGAAUACAAACCCGCAUGAGAUAACAAUCCAACUUCAAACACCGACCAAAACCGUCAUCUCUGAAGAAUCUUUUCAGUCACUCUGCAACCGUAUCUGGGGUUAUAUUAUUCACUGCGGAGAUGUGGACGUCCGAAAAAGUAUCGGAGAAAAAGAAGGUUGGAAGCGCAACCUUGAUCUCAUUUGGAAGAUCAUGGCUAUUUUCGUCAUGAUAUCUUCCAUCUACUGGUUGUUUCUCGAAACAGUUGGAACGGUCUAUGUCCAACCACCGUUUGAUACUGCUGUCCUACCUGUCUUAGAUGAGUAUGCUCAUAUUCUCAUCCAAGAAAUCACUAUCGGAAGGGAAUAUGUGCCUAUGCAGAGACUAUCUCUAUACAUAACCCACCAAGAUAUGAUUGUUUACGAGGUAUGCAACGAAAUUCGAAACAAGGGCGGCUUCUGGGAUGAGCAUCACGGUUUACGUCUAGAUCCAGAUGAAUACCUUUUUUACCGGAGGGAGUAUGGCACACCCCCGGGUGCCACAGAUAUCGUCGACUUAUGCCAGAAUACAUCCGAAAGCUUACACGAUGCAGCAAUAUCAUUUUCCAGCACCAUGUACAAUAUCGUUUAUGGAUUACCGUAUGUUUCUACUGGCGUGUUCUUGGAUAAUGCUGUAUACUUAGCGCGUCGGUUUCCCAAGAGCGAUACCUGUGUCGGCAAUGGAGAGGGAAGGUCUUGUGAUCCUCUGGGGACGGAUUGGCUCGUUAGGUUUCGGAGGGACAUAUUGGAAUAUGGGAUCGAAGCCGAAACGAGGGAUAUAAUGAAAGACAUGGAUGACUUGGUCAAAUGCUUCAAACGUGUCUUGGAGAAUCUGGAUUUUCUGAUCAGUAUCGCUUCACAUCUUCAGCAGACACCCUCAUGGUUCGGACUUUUUCGCCCCAAGAAUCCUGUUGUCGAACAGAUCCAACAGAUCCAACAGUUUCAAUACAACAUAACGCAAAUGUCAACCAAAGUCUCUAACUUCAUUGAUACACAAACCAAUAUCAUUGAACAAGAAGCAUCUCUCGCCGAAUGGUUGUCAUCUCUUAUCUUGUGGUCACAAACCCACCCUUCGCCAUACAAAAUUCCAUCUCCUUCCAAUGCCAACACAAUUCAUACAAAUCCAUGGGCGGUAUGGAGACCCAGGGAAGAGAACGGGAAUUGGUGCACUGUACCUAGAUGUCCAGAGCCAAACGCUGAUGGGGAUAAUGUGCUAGUGAAGUUGGUGCCCCCGAGUGCUGAACAGGCGUAUGGGGACAUGUAUGAGUUUAUGGAGUUUGGGAAGAAGGUGAAGCAUGAAUUGGCAGAAAGAGUUUCAAAUUGGGAGUGGGGAUCCUGGUAAGCAUAUCUGCAAUCUGUAGUUAAAUAAAGGAACAACUCUUUAUGAAACUUCUGAUAAUAAG